AGUAAGCUGGCACAGUCAGAAUGGCCAAUGUGUUUAUGGGAGUUGGGCUAUCUGCAGGGUUUGUAUAAACCUUACCAUCUGGAAGUAGCUGGCCGGCAGUUAAAAGAAAACCUAGUCCUUGGCCUCAUCCUAUGCAGCUGCAGAACUCCAGAUAAUAACACAUGAAGGCCUAACUACAAAACUCUUAAUGAAAAUACAACCCAAGUUUAAAGGAACCAAUGUCCAUUCUGAACGAAUAUGAAAAUCAAUAACCGACGAAAAGGUGAUAUUUCUGCAAACCUUGGUUUGACCGUCCAUACAAGUUGUAAGGCCAAGGCAAAAUGAGAUUGGUCUAUGUAGGCCUAAGGGGUGCGGUCAGCAUGUAUCUUGCCAACCACCAUGGCUACUUCCUAGACAGUAAGGCACUAGUUCAUUCAGAAAAUACACCGUCAUCAUGACCACAAGCGCAGCGGAUGACGAACCCUUCUUGGAUGUGCCUCACAGAAUUUCAGUCAAGGUCCUGACCAUGGAACAGAACAUACAGCCAAAGAAAGCGGCCAAGAGCCGAGAAUGUGUCAUUUGCCAGACUAAGUCAAGACAUGGGAUGUUGGUUCACGGCCGAAUGGGCAUCCGAAAGGAUUUAUCCCUACUCAUUGAAAAAUAUGGCAGCAUCAAAGUCACCAAAGGUCUGAUGUGCUUGAAGUGCCUGAGGCGGCUUCAGUCCAUACACAAGCGUGUACAGCAGUUCCGAGCACUCUGUCAGAAGAGCCCAUACAACGUCAUCACCCACAAGCUUGUUCGAGUCCCACCCCUUAAGGGGAAGGAGGUGAAACCGGACAUCAUCCCUAUGAAGCUUGUGCCCAUAAGUCACACUGACUUGGACACAAACUCUAACAGACGCCAUACUGAUCGAUCGGCAGGGAAUGUCAUGCCCGUGGCUCCCAAACCUCUGAUGAUGUUUCCGGGAUCUCCCAGACCCUCUUUUGCAGUCGCUCCGCCGGUGUCGGUAGGACCAGCAACCGUUCCUGUACCAGUACAGCCGCAGACUUACCAACUGGAAGCUGGUCUGCAAAAUGUCUCGCCCAGUGUGUCCAGUGUUGCUGUGGACGGUUCCCUAAAAACCCUGCUGAUAAUUCCGAAUCAGACUCCACCAGGAGCACUGCCAAUGGUGCCAGUAAAUUUCCCCUCACAAUCGCCACUUGUCUUUCCAAAUCCUGCCUCAGUUGGACAAGCGCCAAUGGCACCAGUGGCUGGUUCCUCAAAACUUGUGCAUAUAGCUCCCAAACAGGUACCAGUGCAGAACAUCGUGAUCAGCCCUCAGGAUGCUGUAAAGCAAGCCACUCCCGAAGAAUUGACAGCAGCACCUACGCCCAAAACUUCAAAACUAUCUAAGGAUUUGGAACUGGAAGCUGAGGAACAGCAGCCAACCUUGCGCUCGCGCUUCGGUGACCAUUCCUACCACCUGCCUGAGAAAUCGGCCUCAGAAAUCCUCAGCCGGCAUGCUGACACAUGGCUUAGGUUCAGGAAUUACUCCGAUCCGGAAUGCCUGAGUGUUGACGACAUCAAGACCAUGGUGUCGAAAUCGGUUGAAGGUUCGGCCAAGAAACUGGCCAAAGCGGCCCUGGCCAUCCCCGGCCUGCGCAGGAUGAUGGUCGCCCAACUGAUGUCAGACUUCGACAGUGCCCUGUGCAAGAUAUCCAACCGUAAGCUUGGCACCCUCAGCUGCCUGAAGCCGGUGGGCUACAGUGAGCAGACCAGCUUCGACUGGGACAGCGUGAUCAUAGAAAUGGACACGGUGGUGCCAGAGCUGCUUCAGCUGUGCUUGGCCGCGUUGAAUAGGUCAUCCUACCUGGAGAAGCACAUGAGAAGGGCAGUCCUAGAGACAGUGCCUAGGAUUGGGAUGGUGUUUGCCAUCCUGGUCCAGGGUCGUGUCAAGGAGCUCAACAGGGUCCAGCGCGUCAUAAGUGUGCUGCUGCGUCAGAAUGGCUGUGAUGGAAAAAUCGUUUAUCAAAAGCUAAACCCGCUGGGCUUGUGCAUGUCCUACACCAACAUGCUCGAGUUGAUGCGAGGUAUAAUUCACACCAAAAUGGAAGCGCAGAGGGAAGACAGCGAAGAGGAUUCAUCAGACGGAGAAGGCACGGAAACAGGUAUGGACACGGAAGCAGCCGACAGCGUCCAGACCAUGGGACAGGCGAGACCCGGUGUUACCCGGGAGACAAGCCAAGAAGUGGAGGAUUCCACAAUUGUCACCCAACCCUGCGGCUCUGAAGGUCAGAUGGAAGCCAGCCUCCCUGGAGUGGCUCAGCAACAAGACGCUGCCUUUAUUCCCCGUUUCGGUGGAGCCAAGAGGAUUUUCUUGCUGCCCAAGGCCCCACCUAUUUAAAAGCCCUGAUGACUAUCAACUGGAAAUAAAUGCCUUGACUUUUUUGCUUAGGAAAUUUCCAGAACCCUCUGAAGCUCUGUGGGAUAACACUGACUAGUUUUGCACUGUUAGGUGUCAGCAAGCCCCUUGGGAAGUAAGCUGUACCUUCCGCGAGCUUUCAAAAUCUCCAAACUCUACCGAUAUAUCCAGCAAGAAAGGAGACAGGGGUACCUGUGCCCCACAUGUCCAAUCCCUGUACGCACUCUAGAUUAUUGUCACUAAACACAUCCUCCCCAGAUGUCUGAAAAAAUUCUUGAGAUUCCAGUGAAACAGUGACUAACACAAAGUGGGGGAGGGAGGGUUUCUCUCUGUCUCAUAUCUUGCUUCAUAUGUCUACCAGGUGGCUCCUGUGGGUAUAUUACACUGAGCAGUUAAGUCCGGUCAAUAAGCCCUUUGCAAGUUAAAUUUGAUUGAAAUUUGCUACAGGGAGUUAUCUGGUUGCACAUAAACAUAGCAAUUUGAUUUCCCCAGACUAAAGGCACUGUUAUACAUGUACCUCAUGAUUGAG